AGCUAGGAUUCGUACACAUAAUUUACGGCACAAUCACGGUAGGUUGAGCCAACUGAGGUCCAUAGAUAUUUGACAGCGGCACAGGUGAGACAACCGUCCAGAGGCUGUUUCACUUUACAUUUCAGUUUUUCCUCGAAGCACUAUUCACUGUGAGCCUGGGGUUGCCACAGUCAAAAAACAACCAUUCGAAGUCAAACCAUUCCGGCAGCAUGAGCAAAAAGAAAAAGGACUGGAAGACUGAAAAAGAGAGACUGCUUCGUCUAGAUCGGGAGGAGAGACGCAAGGAGUAUCGACGUCAAGACUUUAUAUCUCUGGACAAGAUCCCAUCCUGGAGAGAGGAAAAUAGACCCAAUGACAUAGAGGAAGGGAAGGAGCUGACGGGUGGAGGAGGGCUGAGUGAUAAAGUAUCUCUCUACAAAGGAGAUAUUACCGUCUUGGAGGUGGAUGUCAUAGUCAAUGCUGCAAACUCCAGUCUUCUGGGAGGAGGGGGAGUGGAUGGCUGCAUACACAAAGCGGCGGGGUCCUGUCUGUAUGAUGAGUGCCACUCACUAAAUGGCUGUGAAACCGGCAAAGCCAAGAUCACCUGUGGCUAUGAUCUCCCUGCAAAAUAUGUGAUCCACACCGUGGGCCCGGUGGCCAGAGGUCAUGUGGGCUCUACUGAGACCAAUGACCUCACCUCCUGCUACCAGAACUCCCUCAGGCUGAUGGAGGAGCAUGACUUGAGCACUGUGGCCUUCCCAUGUAUAUCCACAGGCAUCUAUGGCUUUCCGAAUGAACCUGCAGCUGACAUCGCUCUGAACACAGUAAAGAGCUGGAUCGAACAGAAUCCUGAUAAGAUCACACGGGUCAUUUUCUGUGUCUUCCUCGAGACCGACUUUGCCAUCUACAAGAAGAAUAUGUCUGUCAUUUUUCCAGACAAUGACACCGAGGUUGCAGAGGAGCAGUUGAAGGAAGUUAUAGAUAACACAUCCAUGAAAUCCACAACCAAGGAAGAGAGUGAAGACAGUAGAGGUAAAGAGGAAAUAGGUGAUGAAGAAGAGGGUGACGAUGAUGCUGCUGCGGGAAAUACAGAUGUGGAGAUGGCAAGUCAAAACCUAGAUGAACAUUCAGGAAACGAGGACCCAAAUCAAGAAAAGGAUAAAGAUGAAAAAGAAAACCAAGACAAAGAUGAAGAUGUAGGAAUUGACGGCGACGAAGAGAGCGAUAAAGACAAAGGCAUUGACAACGAGAAAGAUGAAGAUAAAGACAAAGCAGAGGAAGAGCAGCCUGCUGCAAAGGCAGAAGAUGACGGCACAGCAAAGUCCACUGUGGAGAUGGAAUAUGUCUCUGAGAUCAACAACGCUGGCACCAGCAAUGGAGAGGAGAUGAAAGAUCAUGUCGAGAGCUCAGAAGAACCUGAUUCCAUUCUAACUGACAGCAUUCAGUCCAAAGACAUUGUUGAGAAGAAAGAAUGACCAGCUGAGGGAAGGACAAUCAACCUCAUCUGACAGCCAGCAAAACUGUGCGAAGGCCAACCACUCUGGUGUCAGACGGGCUCAUGUCAGUAUGGGCUCUGACACUGGCCCAGGACACCCAGUUACUCACAAGAUGCUCACAUUCCCAACUUUAUUUAGCCUAUUCCCUCUCUGUUAAGAAACUACAAAUCCCUGAAGUAUGUAUGUAUGUAUGUUAUAUGUACGUAUGUGCAAAACCUUACUAUAGGACUUGAACAUAUCAACCAGAAAAGAUGAGCCAUACCUCACUGUGUGUUAGAGUCAUACAUCAUUUUGCCAGCAGGGUGCGAUGAGAUAAACCAGGUUCAAGUCUGCAUUUGAUCUAUACCCACUGUGAGAGCACGGUGAAGCUGUCAGAGGACAACAGUCACAGCUCCGACAUGUUGACACCCCAGACUGGCUGAUGCUUAACAUCAACCGUGCUUUUGUUCUUACAACACCACAGUUAUGAUGACAUUCAACAGUGGAAUACCUGACAACACCCUACAUUUGUAAGCCUCUUUGGAGUGCAACACAUUGACACCUGCCAUGUCUUCUCACACACGACUGCAGCUCGAGCUCCAUUGUUUAGUCAAAUCAGCCAAUACUCUUGAUUCAGACCACAGUCUGUACGGCAGUGUGUCACUCCCCGGCCUUUUAUCUUUGAACAUCACUGAUCACAUCUGAUCUCCGCCACUGCUGUAACUGCAGCUUUACUCGUUUUACCAAGAAACUGUUCAUCAAGGCCCACGUACACUUAAGAGGAUAUGAGUGUCUUUUAACUAAUCAAAUAGUUAUUGUCGCCCCUUUUUCUUUGCGUUUCUAGUGCAUCCAAGAAAUUGGCUUUGAACUUCAUCACCAUAAACACGACAUUUAACCUUUGAGUCGUCUUCGCUUUUGCUUGUCUCCUUACCAGAUUGUCUAUAAUUGUAUUGAAGGAAUCUGCCUUAUUUCAUAUCAAACUACAACAUCACAAACACAGACCUAAGAAGGUGGUCCAUGUAUGAAUUCUUGGUUGUGUAUUGCUUGCAGAUGAUUUGUAAUUCUAAGUACAUCAUGUAAUGGCUAAUGGCCUGUUGUUAUUGGGUUUUUUUUCUCUCUUCAAAACAUGGUUUUGUUUAAAUGUUGGUAUGAUUCAUGAAUUAUUUUCAGUGGUGCCAUACUAAAGAUCAGAUUAAUAAUGAAAUGAUGCCUUCAUACUUUGAUGUUUGCUUUGCUAAACUAUAACAGAAACAACUAAUAAAAUGUAAAGGUGGACGCCAUGUCUCAGCUCUUAA